ACAAACCAUCCUUUGAACUGCUAAUGUGAUUUCUGUCGUUUAAAAUCCACAUAUAUUUAAAGGACACUGACGGCGAGAAAUUUAACUUAAUCUUAACAUAAAGCAGCAAAAAUAUUUUAAUGGCAAUAACGGUUUAAUUAGCAAACAAUUUAACUUAAUUUUAGCAUAAAGCAACAGAAAUAGAUUUUAAUGGCAAAAAGAAAGGGUUUCAUUAUUAUAACAAAUUCACCGUCAGAUAAAUAAUAGGGAGACCUUCCCGUUUUGUCAUCCGCCAUCCAUCCAACCGAAAAAUUCCUUGCCCUGUGUCUAAAGAAAGAAUUAUGUUAACUUGCUAUAGUAUUUUUGUUCCUGAUCGACGACCGUAGGACUAUUAACGAUUUGUGUUUUCUGCAUCAUGUCAACCACACGAUAGAAACGUUUGUGGAAAACGUCGUAAAAAAAACAAAAAACGGCGUCAUCAUUUUACACACUGAUCCGAUGAUGCGAUCACCAUCUCUCAAAUGACCGAGAAUCAUGUUAUAAACGUUUGAAAAGCAAUAUGCAUUUUGAAGGAUUCCUCUUCAUACUCUCUUACUUUGCGGAUUAAUUAGCGCACACCCACAAAACCAGUCUCGCUGUCAAUGUGGACUAGGUUUUUCGGUUUAAGUAUUUUCGAACGUCGUUUUGUGCGUGGGAAAACGAAAAUUGGUCUGCGGACACUGCAGGACUAAAACAAAAGAAAAGGGCGAGAGAAAUGGGGCGUGAUGUUCAAAUAAAUGCAAACGGCAUGCGGGAAGGCAGCAGCCAUGUGUAACGGGACCUGAAGUUAAUCUCCUUCUUGGCAAUCAGCUGGAGCUCCACGUCUGAAUCUUCUCAGACCCCAGCGACCUAUAACGCGAAGGUAUGAGCUCAUGCCGCAGGUCCACACUGCCGCUGGCCAGGAGGGGGCGGGGCCUAUGGGCCAGGGUGAGCCAGAUGAGGAGGCGGCUGUGCCUGGACCACCAGAGCUGCGUGGACGUCCAGCUGGAGCCGCGGGCCGGCGUCUGGCUGCGCAGCUUCCACUUCCUGGACACGGAUCGCUACUCUCUGGAUCCAGUGCAGGAGUGGGGGGAGGAGCGAGAGGAGGGUGUUGUGUAUGGCGUGACCCUGCGGAGAGAGCCAGUCCAGCCGACCCCUGACACCACGGAUGGACAGCUGGGCCAGGGCUGCGCUCAGCAGCAGGUGUGCAAGCUACGGCGACUCAAGGCGACCACUCUGGACCGCCUGGUGGCCGAGCUUCUGGACCCAUCCUGUCAAGAGCCAAACUACAACCACAUCUUCCUGUGCACCUACCGAGCCUUUACCAGCACUAGCACGCUGGUUGAGCUGCUUUUCCAAAGGGACGACGUGCUCUCCGAGUUAUACCCUGACUGCCAAAACAGCUCCAUGCUUCCACUCAUCCAGACUUGGCUCGAUGAGUACAGUGAGGACUUCUGGGAUCCUCCACAGUGCCCGGCCCUACGGUUGCUCUCAGCCCACUUGUUCCAGCGGCCCUGCUUCCGCCGACUGGCCAAACGUGCUGAUACACUGCUGAGGAAAUUUCAGGAAGAGAGCAAUCUGCAGGAAAAGGCCUUGUUGGGGGAGGACGCUGAGAUGCUAGACGUUCAGGAUACAGAGGAGAUGAGCCUAACCUGGGAAAAUGCAGAGGAGCAGGUAGACUUCAUGGACUUCCCUGUGAGAGAUGUUGCAGAAGAGCUCACGCGAUUGGACGCUGAGCUCUUUGAGAAGGUUGUGCCAUUCCAGUGUCUGGGCUGUGUGUGGUCCCAGCGAGACAAGAAGGAGAACUUGGCACCCACUAUCCGAGCAACCGUCGCCCAGUUCAAUAUCGUCACUAACCGGGUCAUGACCUCGCUGCUGUGCAGCCCGGUCGGUGUGGUCAGCCCCACCAUUCCGCUGGCCAGCAGCCCUACCCAGAGGGCUCGGAUUAUCGAGAAGUGGAUCAGCGUGGCACAGGAGUGUAGGCAACUGAAGAACUUCUCCUCCUUGAGGGCGAUCUUGUCGGCUCUGCAGUCCAAUGCCAUCUACAGGUUAAAGAAGACCUGGGCGGCUGUCAGUAGGGAGUACAUUGCCAACUUUGAAAACCUCUGCGAGACCUUCACGGAUGAGAACGGUGUGCUGACCAGCAGGGAGAUUGUGGUGGAGGAUGAGAGCCAGUCGGCUGAGGACCCCUCCGGCCCUCACCAGUCCCCCAAGAUCUGCCCUCCGCCGAUGAGCGCAGCCAGUGGCGUCAUUCCCUACCUGGGCACGUACCUCACCAUCCUGACCAUGCUGGACACCGCGCUGCCCGACACUGUGGAGGGUGGUCUCAUCAACUUCGAGAAGCGGAGGAGGGAGUUUGAGAUCCUUUCCGAGAUCCGGCAGCUCCAGGGCACCUGCUCCCUGUACAGUCUCCCCCCCCACGCCCAGAUCGCUGCACGGCUACAGGACUGCGAGCUGCUGUCUGACCAGACCAGCUAUGAGCUGUCUCAGGAGCUGGAGCCCCCGGUCGACACCUAUCCCAGCCCCCCCACCUCCUGGGCCCCCCGGCUAAUUAGCAAGAAGCUGACUUCGCUGUUGACCCCGGGCGAUGGUACAAACAGCAAGACACAUGCAGACCAGAUCAGUGUGUCUUCCACGGGGUCCAGCAGCUCGGACUUGGACGAAUUAUCAACGCCGCAGCUGUCACCGAGAGGCAAGUCUUCACCCUGCCCUUCUCACGAAGACGUUGAAGCCUCCCCGUCUGCCAGUUCAGAAAUCUCCAUGACCUCCGGCUCCCAGACAGACGCAUCAGUUUCCCCGUCCGUCUCCAUGAGUCAGGACCCCAGCCCUGGUUCCCACGCCUCUGCCUCCACGAGCUCUCAGCCCGUCUACAACAAGCAGGUGGCCGACUCGUGCAUCGUGCGGGUCAGCGUGGAGUGCGGCAACAACGGCAACGUCUACAAAAGCAUCCUGCUGACGAGUCAGGACAAGACUGCGCAGGUCAUCCAGAGGGCACUGGAGAAGCACAAUUUGGAAGGUGUGGACAUCCAUAAUUUCACCCUCAGCCAGGUGUUGCCUGAGGACAAAGAGCUGUGCAUUCCAGACAAAGCCAAUGUGUUCUAUGCAAUGUCCACCUCAGCCAACUAUGACUUUAUCUUGCGGCGGAGAUGGAAGAGCCACCUAAGACUCCUGGAAGGUGCCUCCACCUCAGGGUCUCUGACAACGCAUCACCAAGCCAAGUGACAGCACCCUCUUUGGCCUGGAGGAAUUACUACAGCAGAAGAGGGGAGACAGGUUGUCAUUGGGAAGGAAGAGAAAAGGCAGCAGCUGUGUUUGUUGUCCUUGGAGGUGAAAAGCAUUUCAGUGCAGACCAGAACCCAAAGAGAAAGGACAGAAAGGGGGGCGGGGGCUGGCUGAAGAUCGUCACAAAGGUGCAGAGAUGCAUGAGCACUUCAUCUGAAGACAUGAAGAGGAGUGAACAGGAUCAUUUGUAGAUUUGGCUUGUGUCCGGAGGGACACAUUUUAUGUAAAGUAAUAAGCAUUUUCUUAGUGUAUAAAUGCUAGUGAACAAGGAAGGACACGAAGAAGCACUUUAGGAUGAAUACGAGUACGUUGGGAGUGACUUUGGGAAGACUUUUUGGGGAAUGUUGGUGCUCCAAACGGAUUUCUCGAAUUGGUUUGUUCUGCUUAGUCAUCCACUAAUUAUUUACACCUAAUAUAGUGACUAAAAGCCACACGCUAUUGCCUCGCAUGCAAUUAAAUGCACUCUAAAAGGAGCACAUACUUUCUGAUAUAAUCGGCUAGCAGCCCCGAUUUCACGUGAUUUGCAUUUGCACAAAUUAGGAAACCUUUGCACGUAGCCAGAGCCUUCAGAAAGACUCAUCGCAUUGUGUCCUUAAGCCACGCAGACACCCCGUGUCCUAAAAAAAGGAAAGUCUUUCUGAAACACGCGAUACAGGCGUGAUGUGGGGAAGCGCCCCUCGCUGCAGUUUUGUGGAGUGGAAUGCCGACGAGCGUUCCAGGAGAGCUUUCGGUUGGGCGGGAGGUGUGAAGCCUUGCUUGGGACACGCCCCGAUGAGAGUUUCAACCUAAGGAGAGUGAUUGCCCAACUGGACUGGCGGCAUUCCAGCGCAACACCCUGACUUGACAAGUCAGUUCUUCGCAGUGCGGGACACCCACGGCGCCAUAGUGAUUAUUACCACUGCAGCGGAUGGGAGAAUGUUUGCCUGCAGCCGGGUUUUCCGGCACGAUGUUAUUUCAGUGUUACUACCCAGGGAAAAUGAAGGACUCGUACCGCUCAAGACCUAAGAAUCUGUGAAAGGAUCUUGUGGUGCUUCAGUUUCAGCCCAGACCCUGUUUGUUCUGUCAUCCCCCAUCGUCUCACUCGUUUUGCCAGUGUUGUGUUCUGUCUGCUCUCUCCUCCGGAGAACUCCCAUUGUCUCAAGUGUCCUGCCAGUGUUAUUUUCUGCUCUGAUCAUUUCCAAGCUGAAUGUUCCCCCUUGCGUAUUAAAAUUGCAGAAGAUGUCUAUUGCACAAGUUAGAGGAUAAGUAACCGACGAAUGAAAGUCCGCCUUAUCUUUCCAGGCGUAACCAAGAUGCGCUUUUAUUCUGAGGAUUAUCCCUGAACUGACAUUCCCUCUGAUCUGAGUUUGUUUUUAAUUUAUAUUGUUUUAAUUUUAUCUGUGCAUUUUAAAUAUUAUAUUGUAUAUUUAAUAUAUUGUCGUGUUUAUUGUUGGUCUUUCUAUGUCCCAGCUAUUGUUUUUUCUUCUUCUUUCCCAAUAAUGAGUCUCUGAGCGAUUUGCCUGACACUCGAGGAAGUAUUUAUGUAAAUGAGAGUGAAGCUAAACAAUGAGCUGUGUGUGUGUGUGUGUGUGUGUGUCUGUGUGCACGUGCAGGAGAUGUCGAUAAGGUUGUCGGUGUGCUGUUUAAAUCUGGGCUGUUAUCAGAGUCCUUCUGACCAGCACCUUGUACCAUACUCCAGGCGACAGCUCGGUGUCCAUCUUUUCCGUUUCCCAUGUACCCAGUAGAAUGCAUCGCAUUGCAUGACCUUUGUGUCUCUCCUCUGGCUCUGUGUAACUGUCAUUGCUUUUAAACUUCGCAGCAAUAGUUACAAAUAAAAACUUAUAUGUUCGUU